AUUAUUUGUCCGCCAUCUUGGAAUCGGGCGGGAAGUGGCGACAGAAAGUGAGUCACGUGAGAAAGACGCUCCGUUCCUGCCCCCCCCCGGGGGGAGGCUCAGGCCGCUAACCCGGAAGCUGCUCUCGGGAAGGGGAAGUGUGUGACUGCGGAGCUGCCACUUGGCCUCCAUGGCAGCCGCGGGGGACGCCGGGCGCAAAGGGGAGCCUGAAGCCUGAGCUCCCCGCUGAACCGCCCCCCUCCCAGUCCGCCGAGACCAGGGGCCAGCAGGGGAGGGCGAAGGCGCUGCCGGCGUCUCCCUGGGGCUGGUAGGACGGGCCAGGCUCCCUCCAGGGAGCUGCUGAGUGGCCUGUGCCUCGGGGCGAGCGGCCUUUCUGCUGCACCUGGGGCUGGUAUCGUCUGCGAGCGGGGUGGGCCCGUCUCUCACCCGGGCGAAAAGGUGCCCCCUGCCCCCAGGCUGUGGGAGAGAAAGGGCCUUUCCGCUCCCCCGGGGGUGGCUUAAUCCCCUGUGGCCCUUGACGGCAGGCGGCGAGAGGGGGAGAAUCGUGGUAUCCCAGUUGCUAUUGACAGAUCUAGGGAUCGGGGCCAGGAAAGCGGGGUGUCUCUCACACACGUAGCUCUUGGGGGAGGGAGGGAGUUUGUGGCACCACCGGGGAAGAGGCGCCUCUGACCUUCAUGACUGCUGGAGCCACAACACCUGCACAAGUUGAAAAACUACAUGCACUAAAAGCUGGAAAAGUUGAAUUUCACUUUAAGCGAGUGGACAAAAAGGAACAACAUGGAUGAUUUCAUCUCCAUCAGUCUGCUGUCUCUGGCUAUGCUGGUUGGCUGUUAUGUGGCAGGGAUUAUCCCCUUGGCAGUUAAUUUUUCAGAGGAAAGGUUAAAGCUGGUGACAGUUCUGGGUGCUGGGCUCCUCUGCGGAACUGCUUUGGCUGUGAUUGUGCCUGAAGGAGUACAUGCACUUUAUGAAGACAUUUUGGAGGGGAAGCACCAUCAGGCCAGUGAGACGCAAAAUGUGAUUGAAUCUGAGAAAGUAGCAGAAAUAACAGCUGAGCAUGAGCAUGGCCACGACCAUUCAAAAUUACACGCGUACAUUGGCGUUUCCCUUGUCCUUGGUUUUGUCUUCAUGCUUUUGGUGGACCAGAUAGGCAGCUCCCACGUGCACUCUACAGAUGACCCAGAAGCGGCAAGGUCAGGCACUUCCAAAAUCACUACCACACUGGGACUAGUGGUCCAUGCUGCAGCUGAUGGUGUUGCAUUGGGUGCAGCAGCUUCCACUUCUCAGACCAGUGUCCAGUUAAUAGUGUUUGUUGCAAUUAUGUUACACAAGGCACCAGCUGCCUUUGGCCUGGUUUCCUUUCUAAUGCAUGCUGGGCUGGAACGGAAUCGAAUCAGAAAGCACUUGCUGGUCUUUGCAUUGGCAGCACCUGUUUUGUCAAUGGUGACAUACUUAGGGCUAAGCAAGAGCAGCAAAGAAGCCCUUUCAGAAGUCAACGCCACUGGAGUUGCCAUGCUUUUCUCUGCUGGGACUUUCCUUUAUGUUGCCACAGUGCACGUCCUCCCAGAGGUGGGAGGAAUGGGGCAUAGCCACAAACCUGAAUCAACAGUACCGAGUGGGUUAGCCUCUAUAGAAUACAUUUCCCCUGCCCUGAAGACUUUACAAUCUGCAGCCUGCAAUUUGCAAUGCAGGUUCCAUACAUGAGGACCCUUACAUCUGUGCAACAUCCCAUAGACGUCUAAGGGACUUUGUGCAUAAAGUCUGAAGGUCCACAUGCCAGGAUCCAAACAAAGACAUGACUUUCUAUUACAGGAGGUUAUUGAGGCAACAUUUCAGUGUUUCUCCAGAGUUGUACAUGGAUAUAUAUCUAAAUUUGUAUAUUGCAUUCGCCGCCAGCCAGAGAGAACCUUCAGUCCUUCUGGCUCUUCCCAACCAGUAGGGUGAUAUUAUAUUAUUCCCGCUGCCAACAAUGCACACUCCCCCCCCACACACACACACAAUCUUUGUUCUGCUGCUAUUCUCCUCCUGUUGCUCAAGCUGAGACUUGACGUGUGUUUUGCACAGUAGCUGCUCCUGUGCCCAUAGCCAAGAAUCUGUCAGCGUUUCUUUUCGAAAAGUGAAACCUAUCCCUGAAGAGAUUUUAUAACCUUUGUCCUGAAUGUUAGUUAUGUGUUGGUUUUUAGUACAUCACCCAUUGCGGCAGCUCUGUAACGGUUAAAACCCAUAGUUUUAGCAUAAGUCUCCAUUUUAACUGUCUGCUGUUGUGCUUAAAAGUCCCAUGUAAACAAAUACGCUUUGCAUUGUUCCUUAAAGCUCACUAUACUUGGCUCUGAGCAGUGGAGAGAGAAUGGAGUGUGUUCCACCAGCAAGAGAUCCGCAACCAAAAGUAUGCCACUGACUAUAAAACUCCAGAAAUCGUUGUCAUGAAGAACAACGCAGUAGAUCUUAACUGCUGUAAUGCAACCAAGUUAGGUGGCCUCUUAGGUAGUUGACUCCUAGACUAUUCAGGACUAAAAGAGCCUAGUCAGUACCUUGAAUUGCACCUAGAAACAUCCAAGUCCAUGUCUAAGGUAACUGCACUUAACCUGCAUUGCAGUGAUACAGAUUAGGAGCAUUGUACGGAGAUCAGGGUUAAGUGAGGAUGGGGCUGCAUUCACUUGACCUGAUGAUAGGAGUCACUGCCAACAUGAAUCCCAUCCUACAGAGUCAAACUUGAUAAGCCUUUUUUUAAAAAAGUGCUCAAGGGGUGAGUGUUUUGUGCGUUACUUCACUAGUUUUGUAAACCCCUUUUCUAUUUCAUGCACCUAGCCACCAUUGAGAUAGGUGUAAUAUAAAUACAUACAUUUCCAGAAGAAUUGGGCGGAAAUUAAGCUCUUGUAGGAGGUUCAGGCAUAGCCUCCACUGUGAAAAUGCCUUGAAAGCACCACCCAUUAUAUGCAUUCCACAGGUAAAGCAUCUGCUCUUCAAAAUUAUUUUCAUGAAUUGGGUUAAAAAAAAAGUCAUCCUGGGCAGAGAAAGUUUAGCAGUAACUAGACAAAAGAGGGAUUUCUUUCCUCCCAUAUCCCCUUUGGUUCAAUCACUGCACACAACCUUAUCUGAGAUGCUGCAACUUCAAAACUUACCGUAUUUUAAAACCAUUUUCCACUCCCUGCUCCACUGCAAGCAAUAAACCCAUGGUAUUCUGAACUAAUUGUUUGAGGUGGUUGACUUUUCUGCUAGUUCAGCAUAAAAUUUAAAGCUGACUUAUUCAGUUAGAAAAAUGCAUUUCUCCGUGCAAACUUAAGUGCAAUAAUGUAUACUAAUAAUUUAUUGCUAUUGUAUAUUCACCAGUGGGAGAUCCAAGGUGAAUUACUGAUUUUUGCAAAUUAGCUAGUGAACAAAUAGAAAGGGGACUCCAGGCUAAAUGCUUGACAAAAUUUACUUUGUUCUUUUAAUUAACAAUUGUAGCUCAGGUUUAAUUAUUUAUGAUGCUUCAUCAUAUAGUAGUAAAUGUACUGUUAGACAUCAUUUUUACAAAAUACUCUGAGGAAUGCAAGACCUAACCACUUGUUGAAAUCAUUACAGAGAUAUGAGCAAGAAGAGACCACCUUUUUGUUACAAUAGUUAACACAAGCGAGUUAACAUUCACGACCCCAUAGGAGUUUAACUUAUUGCAGUAUUUUCUAUAAAUACAACAGUAAAUGUUACAUUUGUUUUGGGGGAAAUCACUGUACAAGGUGUGUAUAUUCAUGCAACAGCUGUAUUUUUAGC